AUGGACAUGUCCUUGGCGGGUGAGAAAAGAUUUCUUAAGCUCAAUGAACUUGAGGAGCUCCGGUUUAAUGUUUAUGAGAGCUCGAGGCUCUACAAGGAGAGGACUAAGAGAUGGCACGACCGACAUAUAAGGAACAAGAGCUUCAAGGUUGGAGACAAGGUGUUGUUGUUCAACUCUAGGCUUCGGUUGUUUCCCGGAAAACUAAAAUCCAAGUGGUCUGGGCCUUUCACAAUUUCGAGGACUACUCCUUACGGGUCUUUUGAGUUGGAGGCGGAGGGGAACAAGUUCAUGGUCAAUGGCCACCGUUUGAAGCUCUACCAUUGCAAUGAUCAAGUUGGCAUAAUUGAGUGCAUGAGGCUCGAUCCACCGGAUCCUAAGCCACUUGCUUGA